CAAAUUUUGAAUAAAAAAUUUAUGAGGAAAUUUUGCUCAAAAAUAAAAUGAGAAAAAAUUUUACGGCAAAACUGCUUUCGUGGCAUCGCUUCGACCAGCUCUGGGAUGUGACCCAAUAAUAGCGCUCAUAUAUUGAGGCUCUCUCUCUCUCUCUCUCUCUCUCUCCCCUUCGACUCGAAUUUCAAAAUUUCUCAUUUAAAUUCUCGUUCACAUAUGGGAUCAGUCCUCUCGCAUACACUCUCCUUCACUAUCGCUAUAUUUAUUAUUAUUACGCAAAGAGUUAUCGAUUAUAUUUGAGACUACAUUCUUGAAACCAUUUUACGGUUUUGAAAAAUGAGUGAAAUAGAGAGAGAGACGGGAAGGCUUGAUGUCGACGGCGUUAACAUCUAUUACGAAAGAGCCGGAACUGGCGAACACGUCGUCCUCCUAUUACCCGGCGUUCUCGGGACCGUUCAAAUUGAAUUUAAACUCCAGUUCCAAGCCUUUGAUCUCUCGAAGUUCACAUUAGUGUCAUGGGAUCCGCCGGGAUUUGGUUUGAGUCGACCCCCGGAGAGGAUUUACAACAACUGUUACAUCAGAGAUGGAGAUUUAAUCGUCAAAUUCAUGAAAGCUUUGGGUUAUGAGAAGUACAGUAUUAUGGGGUUCAGUGACAGCGGCCGGACAUCUAUGAUAUUGGCGGCCAGGUAUCCAGAAGUGAUGAGGAAGUUAGUGAUUUGGGGUACCUGUGCCUUCAUCGGCGACAAAGAGAAGAAGACAUUAAGUCUGUGCAAAGACGUCGCCGGUUGGAGUAAUGACAGGAAGAAUAUCUUCGAACCCGUCUAUAAGGAGGACCUGCAGAUGGUUUGGGGAAAUUGGGUUGACUUUAACAACAGACUCCAGGACUUCGCCACUCCAUACUUAAAGGACAUAAAAUGUCCGACAUUUAUACUUCACGGUGAGAGCGAUAUCGUCACUCCUAUGGAACCGCACGCGAUGUACCUCAAGAAGAACAUAUCGGGCGCUCGACUCGUCAUAUUCCCGAAGGCUCCCCAUACCUGCCACCAGGAAAAGGCCUCUGAUUUCAAAUGCAACCAGACCUUAAACCUCGUCAAUACUGGUUUCACUUCUUAUUUAAAUUGA